CAGAGUCUAGCCAAUGCUGCUCAUGUGUUUGAGUCCUUGGUAAAAGAAACGAUUGAAAGAGGCAAGAACUUCAAGAGACAUCUCCACGAGGCAGACCUUCCAAUACUGGAAAACCAGAUUGACUUUUUAGAGAACAGGUUCAGCCGCACCAAGAAAGUAAUCAUUGAGAGGGUGGAGUCCCUGGAAAAGACCAUCAGCUCACGCCAAAUCCUGCAGACAAGCACUGAGUCUACAGCACACUGGCUGGACAACCUGCAGGCACAGAUUCAGGCCGCCACUAUCCCAUCUGGAUCUAGUGUGCAGGAUGCAGAGCAAAGUGUGCAGAAAUUUGAGGACUUGGAGAAGUCUUUGGCUGAUUAUCAGCAAACGAUGACAGAGCUCAGUAGCAACGUAGAGCCACUGCGUGCAGAAGGUCAAGUGAGUCAAGCUGAUGCCAUAUUGCACCUUACAUCACAGUAUGAACUUCUCAUUGACCGUGUGGUCAGUAGCAGGAAGAGGUUUCAAGCUGCUGUAGGGGUGCGCCAGCUACAUCAGAAACAACUAUCAGAACUGCACACAGCCUUGGAAGAAAUGCAGAAGGAAAUGGCAUCAGUCUCUAAGUCAAGCCUUUCCAUUCCAGAGCGUCUUCGGAUAUAUAAGGAACUUCAAGAAAAGUUGAUAUCUCUUCAACCAGAAGUAAAUGUGGCUGAAGAUCAAGCACAGCAAAUUGCUGUUGACUGUCUUCCAGCAGAUAUGAAAGUUGUUUUUUCACAAGUGGAGACCAUCAAAGAAGAAUUUUCAGAUCUCCGGUCUACAUUAGACAAACGAAUUGAACACUUUCAGCAGCUGCAACUCGAACGAGAAAGCUUUGAGGCUGCAAUGAAUGAGACCAUCUCGUGGUUGGAAGAGAAAGAAGAAAUCCUUGCCUCUCUCAGACCACUUCACCUGGAUUCUGACAAGGUGGAUCCUGUUCUGGAGAAACACAGGAUCAUGUCAGGGGAAGCUGAAAUGAGAAUAUCUCUCAUAAAAGCAAAGGCCACGGAGGAGCUGACUCGUUUUCAGAACCUGCAGGAGCCAGUGCCUGAGGCUUUAUCUGAAAAACUGCAGCAGAUAGAUGCUCUCAAUCAGUCCAUUCAGGAAGCAGUCAAGAAGAAGAACCAGUACCUACAUGAGGCCAAGGCUGACCGCCAGCAGCUGGAGGCAUCUAUGCACCAGGUUGGUGACUGGCUACAGGGGGCCGAGGAGCUUCUGGACUCUGGCUACCAUGGCCUUGACUACAGUAGCAUAGACCAGACUCUUACAGAAUUCAGUGAUUUUUUCUCUGAAGCCAGUUUGUGUCAGGAUGAAAUGGAACAGGUGUCAGAGCUCUCAGACAAACUGUUUACUACACUGGAUUCUAAUGAUACUCAGACUUUGCAACAGUCUUUGAGCAGUGUGUCCAAGCGCUUUUCUCACAUCCUGGCUAGUUCUCAACAGAAACGGGAACAGUUGGAAAACAAAGCUGCACAGUGGCAUAACUUUCAGGAGAAGAUGCAGGAGUUGGCAUCAACACUGGAUAAACUGGAGACUCAGUGGCAAGAAGUGGAUGCUGCUACACUGACCAGUGCUCAGGACAUAGAUGCUCAUCUAAAACCUCUCAGGACAUUCAGUGCCAUGCUGGAGGAAGAGAGACCAGUCAUUGGUGCUGUUAAUGAAAUAGCUCGGUCUCUCACUCGCACUGCUAAUUCAGAGAGUGCAAGCACUAUUGAUGCUGUGAUAUCCUCUCUUAACCAGCGCUGGAACACUCUGACAUCUCAGACAGAAACCAAACUGUCAGCUUUUGAGGAGCUACAAAGUCAGUGGCAAGAGUUCAGUGGCAGUCUUUGUGGAGCAGAGGAUGUGCUACAGUCUGUUCAGGAUACAUUUCACACAGCCACACUGCUUGUGGACACAAAUGCAGAGCUGGUGGAGCAGCUUGACUUGUUAAGGACUGCAAAAGACGAUCUAGAAACCAUAAAACCUCAGAUGGAAAGGUUGCGGUGGUCUUGUGAAACUCUGCAGAAAGCACUUCCAAGUGCAGAAGCAAAGGUCACCCUUGAGGAACGUUUUAUUAAACUGCAGGAAAACUAUACUAGGCAGCAAGUUUUUGUGGAAGACAGCUUGAGUGAGAAGCAAGAGGAACUUGAUAAUCGUGAAAGUUUCCACAAAGAAGUAUCUCAGACACAGUCAUGGCUGAGUGACACUGAAUCCAGUCUCCAGACCAUGGAUCCUGAGGCUGCAGAUGUAGCUCACAGUCUAGAAAAAAUCAAGAUUUAUCAGCGUGAGCUCAAAGUGCGAAUGGAACAGAUGCAUUUACAGCAGGCAGCACAAGAGGCAAAGUAUGGUGCAAUAGGCCGAGAACUUCCUCAGGAAAUAUCCCAGCAACUGCAGGAGGUGUUUGCUCUUGAGAAAACUGUUGCCCACGCUCUGCAUCAGAAAGAGGAAGAACUAGUGCACAUACAUCAAGACCGGGAGGAAUAUCAGGCCAGUCUCACUGCUGUCACUGCAUGGCUGCAGCAAGCUAGUCAGCAGCUACAAGAGCGCAUCAUCAACCUUCCAGAGACACGCACAAGGCAUCAGGAACUGCUGUCCCACUUUGAUGAGUUCAAGCAAAACUUAGACAAAUUACGCACCAAAGGCAGUGACAUUAUUCAACAUACUUCAGAUCAGGGUGAAAAGCAUAGUGUCCAAAAAACUAUUGCAGUCAUCAACCGUCAGUGGCUGUCACUGCAGGCCCAGACAGCAGACCGUACUCAGGAACUGACAGAAGCAGCAGAUUUGGCCCAUGCUGUGGAUGAUGUAGCUAGCAGUGUGUACACCUGGGUCACUCAAGCAGAGACAGUUUUGUCUUCACACCUCGACUGGUCAGAUUUUGACAGUGUUAGAGACCAGCUUAAGUCUCACAGGCGCCUGGUCAAGGAGGUGGAUCAGAAUGAAGACAGGCUGAUUGCCUUGAAUGCUAUGGUCAAACAGCUGGACCAGGUCUGUGACACGACUGCCUCCAUGGCUGCCAUCACAGCACUUAGACAGCGGGUUCAGCAAGUGUCAGACAGUGGAUCCACACGUCUCAGCAUGCUCGAAGAUGCUAAUAAGAAAAUGGAGGACUAUGAUAAAGAGAUUGCUGAGCUGACACGAUGGAUGGAGGAAACGCGCACCCACAUGAGUAUGCGUGAUACAACACAUGACUUAAAGGAACAGCUUGCUGUUCAGGAGUGGAAAGCUGAAUUGCAUAAACUUGAGCAUCUGCUGGAGGACAUUAAGAGUAACAAAGUUCACACAGAGAUGGUUGUUCAACAACAGAGCUCAAUGGGCAUCCCUCUGGGAGAUGUACUUCCCUCGCCUGGCAAUCGCCUUCUCAGGGACAUCGAGCAGCUAGAGGAGACUGCCGAGCGCCAGUGCAGUCAGCUUAGGCUUGCGGUCACUGAGCAGGAACAAUAUGACACGGAGCUACGCCACCUUCAUGCGGCUAUCUCAGAAGCCCAGCAGCAGCUGUUGGCAUCACCUGUACGGGCUUCCUCUGUGGAAGCUCUCAAGCAGCAGAUUGCUGAACAUAAUAGUCUAGCUUCCCAGAUUAAGACCUACCAAGCCAAAAUUAGUGAGAUAAAUGAAAAGAGCCGCCAGCUAUCCCUGCGAGUCGCUCAAGCAAGCACAUGUGUGGACCGCAAGCGCUACCUGCCAGAAAUGAUCUACCGCAAGUGGGGGUCAUCUGCAAGUUUGGAUGUAGGCAUUGAUGUUCAGAGUGCCCCUGUUUCCUCGGCUUCUCACACCAUUGACAGUGCUAGUUUUGAUAGUGCUCUUGAUGGUUUUACAAGCUCAUCUCAGUCACAGCAAACUAGUCCAUCAUUAACAGUUAUGACUGAAUACUCCUCAUCUGUGCUCAGCCAGAAGCCAUUAGCUGUUUCUGGCAGAAGCCCUGGUGAUGCAUCUUCUGUGACUUUUGAAGCAGUACACUUUAAACCAAUCACUGAAAAAAGCCAGAUGAAGAGUUUAGCAUUUCAACCCACAGUGGCUAGUAGUAAAUUAUCUACAGAUGUGAAAAACCCAGCUAGUGGUGUCUUGACCUGGCAAGGAUUGUCAGGCUCAGCAGAAUCAUAUAGCUUCAAAAGUGCCUCUGAUUCAGAUAUUUCAAGUUUUCCUCUUGGCAAGAAAGCCUACCUUGGAGCCAAAAGUGAUGGCAGAAGCAGCCAUUUUGGUCAGGAAGGAGAAAUCAUGCAGUCAACAGAACCCAGAGCGAGAAGUGCUUCCUUUGGACAGAGAGCUGAACCUUUGGGACUUCCUUUAGGUUCAUCUCCGGACACAGCACAAAUAAAUAUCACAUGGAACUCCCUUCAAAAACAGAUUGCAGCCAAGGAGCAUGAGCUUCAGAUGGCACUACAAAAGCAAGAGAAGUACCAGCAGGCUGUUCAAGAUCUAAAUGCCAAGAUGGAGCGCGCUCAGAUUUACCUCACUCGAACACCAGCUACCAGUGCAGCCGACAUCAACAUGCAGAUGAAGGAGUACAGAGAAGGAGUAAGCGAAUUGGAGAGUAUUAAAGAGGACAUUGUACGAGUGCAAGAAAGAGGCCAUCAGAUCAUGGAGAUAUCGGAUCCAGAGAGUCAGAAGGCAAUGGAAGCCACACUAAAAAUGCUGUCAGACAGAUUCUCUAGCCUGCAAACAGUGGCUGACCAAAGAGGCAAACAGCUUCAGGAUGCUGUGAAACAUCGAAAUAAACAUGACAUUGCGCUGUCAGCAUAUAAAAAGCGUGUGUCAGACCUUGAGAAAUGGCUGACAGAGAUGAAGAUAGCACAUGCCAGCAGUGCCCUUCCAACAGAGGAGCCAUCUGCUCUUCAGCAACAACUUCAGGAUAACAGAGAUCUUCAGGAUGAGAUCACCUCUUACCUUCAGCAGAUCUCAGACCUGGCUGUUCAGUGUGACAACCUAUGUGAGCUGGAGCAGCCAGCAGAAGCAGAGAAGCUACGCAGCAGCCUUGCCAGCCUUCAGUCCAGCCUUGGUAACUUUAAGUUCACUGCAAUUGAAAAGGAGACUGCACUGCGCUCCUCCAUUAGGGAGGCUGAAAAGCGGCGCAGAGAAAUGGAGGACUAUGAGAAGAAUGUGCAAAAACUUCAACAGUGGAUGACUGAUACAAAGCAGAUGACACUUAGCUCAGAACCUAGUUCUGGAUCCAUGACUUUGCCAGGUCACCUUCAGCUACACCAGGAAAUUGCAUCGGACCUCAGCCAGCAUCAACAGCUAGUCAGACAGCUUUCAGUUACUGCCCCUAGCCAAAAGGGACUCGAAAAGCUCCAAAGGACAGCAGCAACGGAGGCAAGACAGUUAGCAAUUUCCAGUGUGUCAGAAGAAGAGUUACAUCUUCGCUGGGAGAAGCUGCAGAGAGAACUGGCUCAAAAGACUAAGGAACUUGAGAACAUCUUGCAAAGAAAAAAAUCUGGAGACAAAAUACUGUCACUGGGGCAAAGUGUUGGCGAUACCUCAGUACAGCUGGAGGAAGUUCAGGGUCUGGUGCAGCAGCUGACUCAGUGCUGGCAGCAGCUGCAGGUGCAAGUGGUUGAUAAGCAGCAACGUCUGGAUACAGUUUUGUCAUUCCAGCAGCAAAUGCAGUCUGCCUUUGGUGCAAUUUCAUCCUGGCUUGAUCUUGCUGAGCAGAUGGUGUUCACCUCCAAAGAAGCCCAGUCUGAGCAUGAGCAAAUCAGGCAGAAUGAGUCUUUGCAACGUGAAUUGCGCUCUUUACAAAGUGAGAUCGUCACACUAAGCGCUCAGGCCCAGGCCUUGUUAUCGGGGACAAGUGUUCAGAGUCAUGGACUAAUACAGGAAUCAUUGACUAGUCUUACACAACGGGUUGGAAUGUUAGAAAGUCAAGCAGCAGCUCACAGCACAGAGCUGCAUCAGUCACAGUUGCUAUGGCAGCAGUACCAUGAAGAUGUGCGAUCCCUUCGAAGCAGCAUGCAAGAACUACAGACAUCUGUUGUUGUGCCACAUACUGGAUCUUCAGCCAAUCUGGACUCUCUUGUUUCUGAUGUACAUAAAAUAGAAUCACAGUUGAAAAAAUGUGAAAACCAACUGAGUGAGUUAAAGGCAAGAGAGAGAGAACUGUCUGCCAGACAUCCCCGGGGCCUUAUGCUAUCCGAUCUGAACACACUUCAUAACAGUUUUCUGGAGCUGCAGAGGAAGGUAGCAGAGAGGAAGGGGAGUCUGUUGCUUUCUGUGUCAGUUCAGGAACAGUAUGAGAAAAUGUUGAAAGACUAUGCUUACUUUUUGGAGACAGCAGAAGGCAAGUUAGGAUCUGACUCUAUCUCAGCCAGAGACCUGUCCCAUCUCAAACAGCAGCUGAGUGCCCACAAGGAGUUUUUUAGUGACCUUGAAGUGCACAAGGCCAUGUUAGACUCUCUAGCAGCUCAGUGUGACUCCAGCACACAGGAAACUCACAGCUUGCAGCACACACGUCUUAGCAACCUCACUCAUGUGCUGGCUGACAAAGCUAGUCUUCAUGGCCAACGUCUGGACAGGGCUGUGCGCCAGUGGGUUGAACUAGAUAGCAAACUUCAGCAUCUAAGGCAUUUCCUUGAGCAGGUAGAGGAAAGCAUUCCAAAGCCUGUUGCAACUGGUGACUCACUUGCCACUAUACAAGAGAAGCUUGUUAAGUUCAAAAGGCUUCAAGGACAACUUACUGAUGAGAGACCUGCAGUCUUUCAGGUUGUGGACAAAGGAAAGCAGAUUCUGCACAGUGUUGCAUGCACAUCUCUAGAGAAAGCAUUGACUGAACUGGCCGAAAAGUGGGUGGAGCUCAAUGCACAACUUGGGCAAGAAUUGAAAAAGACUGAAACUAUUGGGGAACAGCUGCAAAUCUUUGAGACUGAGGCCAUGGUGCUCAAGGCGUGGAUGUCUACAGCCAACAAAAAGCUAGACAUUCUCCAGUACCUUACAGAGGAGGAUAUGCAGAACAUUGGCAACAUCCGCACCAAAGUUGAGCAUGUUCUGGAGUUCCGCAAGGAAGUACAGAACCAGAUACCACUGAAGAAUAAGGUACUAUCAGUUGGCAGACAGUUGAUGGAAAAUAGUAACUACGAUACUCGGGGCCUGGAUGUACGAUUGGACUCUAUUGAGCAGGAAUGGAGUCAGUUGGAACAGGCAGUAAGCACUGCAGAGCAGAGUCUCCAUCAAGCCCAGAUGGAACUUAUGCCAUCGCGUCAAGCCUUGCAUGAACUGCAGCUCUGGAUGGAGGACAUGGAGAGGAUGCUAGACAUUGAUGCUAAUACACCUAUCAAAAACAUUGCCGACAAUGAGGUCAUGCUGAAAAAGUAUAAGGGACACAAGGUAGACCUUGCCAGUAAGCAGCUAACUGUUGACUUUGUCAACCAAGCAGUCCUACAACCAGGUCCACAUGAGAAGGAUGUUCCCCAUGAGAAGCUGGAAUUUGCUGAAAAACUUGCAGAAGUUAACCACCAUUGGCAAAAGGUAUCAUCUGCCAUCAAUGAGCGACUUCGAUCACUGGAACAGCUGGCAGGCAAGUGGUCAGAGUAUGAAGGAGCACUUGCACAGAUGCAUGCCUGGUUUCGACAACAGGAAGACAAACUGAAACAAUACCGCUUAAUAGGCCAUGAAGUAGGCGUGAAGCAGACACUGAAAGACUGCAAGGCAAUGCAGGAGCAACUUAAGGCACGGAAAGAAGAUAUGGACUCUAUUGAGAGACUUGGUCAGAGUCUGAUUGACCUGAGUAAAGAGUCAGCAGGCUGCCAGCAUAGUGUGCGGCACUCACUGUCAGCAGUGUGGCAGCAGUGGGAGCAUCUUCAACAUCAGACAAUGCAAUUGGAAAAUCUCUUGACUGACAUGCUAGGUCAGUGGGCUCGCUACCAUACUGACCUUCACAGCCUGAGUCAGGUCUUGGGACAGAUUGAGUACACUCUAAACAGGUACUCCCUGCUAGGUGCUGACAUCAAGGCUCUCAGUAACCAAGUGGAAAAACUCAAGAAUCUGCAAGCAGAACUGAAACAACACAGCAGCCACCUGGACUCUUACACCGCUUUGGCAAGUCAGCUUUGUCAGGUGUGUGAGCCACCUGUGCAGGCAGAAGUUCAGAGCUCAGUUAUAGACUUGAAAACAAGAUGGAGUCGUCUGUCAGCUGACUUAUCUACAAGGCGUGCUGAGUUUGAGCGCUCUCUUGCCAAGUGGAAAGAGUAUGAGCAAGAGUACAGACAUAUCAGUGCAUGGCUGGAGCAGAAAGAACAAGAGUGCAGUUGGCUGGUGACCAUGAGGGAGGAUGUCACUGCCAGAGAGGAGUGUCUGAAUAAGAGUGAGACUUUGCAGCAGGAGCUCGAUGGGAUUCAAACACAGCUGUCAAAUCUGUACCGUUUGAGUGAUGAUCUUACCAAAAACAUGGGAACAUCCACCAUUGUUCUGCUCACAUCUCAACAGUCAGGAGUGGAGCAGCGACUCCUGGCACUUCGCCAGCUCCUGUCGCAACACAUUCAGGCAUUGCAUGAAGAUCUGUCACAGGGAAAUCGUUUCAGUGAAGCCUUUAGUGCAGUCACAACAUUUUUGGAUCAUGCACGGCUUGUUUUGUUGGUAGAAGACCCCAACAAAGCUGCAGAGCAGUCUGCUAUUCAGAAACGCCUUGAUCAGCUCAAGCAGCUAUCAUCACAAUUUCAGACAAAAACUGCCAAGCUGGAUGAGGUGAAUGACCUUGGCUACAGACUAGCAUUGCAUGCCUCUGAUGCCUCCAAGCUCAUUGAACUUAACCACACCUGGUACCAGCUUCUGGCUACCUGCCAAGACAGGUGUAAGGCUUUACAAGGACACCUGCUAGUCCAGCAAGAUUUCACUGCCAAAUGUGAAACAUGGAUGACAUUCCUGGCCUCUGUGGAGCAUGACCUGUCUGCAGAGAUUGCUGGCAACCUUAGUGAUCUCUUGGAACAACAAAGGAAAUUUCAGAACUUCGAGACUGACAUUUACAGCAAGCAGCAGGUACUGCAUGCUAUUAUCAGUGAUGGUCAGAAGAUGCUGCAAGCAGGAGAAGUUGAGGACCCGCAGGAGUUUGAGCGAAAGCUGCGGCUCCUGUCUGACCAGUGGCAAAGUGUUAUUCGCCGUUCUACCCAGUGCAAGAGUAUCAUCAACACUUGCAUCCAGAACUGGCAUGCAUUUAACUCCCUUGCUCAGGAGUUGCGCAGUUGGCUGGCUGAAAAGGAGGCAGGCCUGAAGGUUCUGAACUUUGACACAGUUUCUCUGCAACAAGUGAGGACCCUGCUGGAUAAAGUCAGGACAGCACAGAAAGAGUUUUCAAUGCAGGAAGAUAGCUUCAGGAAAGUGCAUGAUUUGGGCAGCUCAUUGCUUCAGCAAGCAGAUUUCUCUGCAUCACAGGAUAUUAAGCAAUGUGCAUCAAAUUUGCAAAACAAGUGGCUACAGGUAUACAAUCAGCUGGAAGAAUCAUCGUGUGAGACUUGAGGCUAUUCAGAAGGACUGGCAAGAAUGUGAGGAUGACAUCGAAGAAAUUUUAGCAUGGCUGAAGAAUAUCAGGUCUAUACUAGCUGCUGACAUUCCCCGUACAUAUGACGAUCUGCAGUCUGGUCUUUCAAA